UGUUUUUCUAUGUAAAUUUAAUUUAAAAAUAUCAGGGUAAUGCGUUCUUCAACGCGACGUUUGAAAACUACUAAAAGUACUUAUAGACACAAAGUUAAUAAGAGACAUUAUAAAUCUAACAGCUCUUUGGGAUGUACGCAAUGUGUUUCAAUUUUGGACAUUGAAAACAUUAAUGAAAUUCUUCGUGUUCAUAAAAGUCAAAGAGCUGAGGGCAAAGGUGCCUGGAAAGUUGUCCCUAAAGACUCUUGCGAAGUAUAUAAAGAUCGUCGAAAGCGCCAGGCCGAGAACCGCCGUGAAGAUGACGAAACCAUGCGUACGACAGAUAGCGACCGGACACCUUCCCGAAACAAAAAGAAUCAAAAGCGUAAUGAUGAUAAAAAGUACAGAAAAGAUGCAGUUCGCAAGACGAGGAGAAGACGAAAAACAACACGCAGACGGGAACCCAAUUCUUCUGUUUCAUCAUUUACUACAACCACAUCCUACAUGAGCUCAUCAGAAAUGGAUUAUGACUAA